UUCUCCAACCUGAUGAGCGAUCAGGCACUGUUCUCCAAUAAACGGGCACCGCACGACAAACCCCGAGCGGCAGUGGGGAGGAGAAGAAUCCAGACGGAGUCACGCAGACGCCAUCACUACUACCACACCCGGCCUAACGAACUCCUCCCCACCCCAAGCCCCGCCCAGAGCGACCCACGCACCACGCCAUGCGCCCGGGCGGCCUCCCGACCCAGCAGCCCGGCACGCCGGGCCGCGCGCGCCGCCGCCCGGAUCUCACCCUCCCCAUGCCCCAGCGCGAGGUCGCCACCUCCCUCGCCGUCCCGCUCCCUCUCCCGCCAGCCGCCGCCUCCGCCGGGGGGCCCACCCCGCCGGGCGUCACCGCGCCCGCCCCCGCGGCGCAGCAGCAGCAGCAGCCGCCCCCGCUCGCGGAGCUGGAGCGCGUGCGCCGCGUCGGCAGCGGCGCGGGCGGGACGGUGUGGAUGGUGCGGCACCGCGGCACGGGGCGCCCCUACGCGCUCAAGGUGCUGUACGGGAACCACGACGACGCGGUGCGGCGGCAGAUCGCGCGCGAGAUCGCCAUCCUCCGCACCGCCGAGCACCCGGCCGUGGUGCGGUGCCACGGCAUGUACGAGCGCGGCGGGGAGCUCCAGAUCCUGCUGGAGUACAUGGACGGCGGGUCGCUCGACGGCCGCCGCAUCGCCGCCGAGCCGUUCCUCGCCGACGUCGCGCGCCAGGUCCUGUCCGGGAUCGCGUACCUCCACCGCCGCCACAUCGUGCACCGCGACAUCAAGCCCUCCAACCUCCUCAUCGACUCGGCGCGCCGCGUCAAGAUCGCCGACUUCGGCGUCGGCCGCAUCCUCAACCAGACCAUGGACCCCUGCAACUCCUCCGUCGGCACCAUCGCCUACAUGAGCCCCGAGCGGAUCAACACCGACCUCAACGACGGCAGCUACGACGGCUACGCCGGCGACAUCUGGAGCUUCGGCCUCAGCAUCCUCGAGUUCUACUUGGGCAGGUUCCCCUUCGGGGAGAACCUCGGCAGGCAGGGCGACUGGGCCGCGCUCAUGUGCGCCAUCUGCUACAACGACCCGCCCGAGCCACCGCCCACCGCCUCGCGCGAGUUCAGGGGGUUCAUCGCCUGCUGCCUGCAGAAGAACCCGGCCAAGCGCCUCACGGCCGCGCAGCUGCUGCAGCACCCCUUCGUCGCCGGCCCGCACCCGCAGCCCCUCGCUGCUCCUCCCCCGUCAUGACCACACCACCAUUUCGGCGGGUUGGGAGUUGGGACCAAAGUACGGAUCUCGUCUCAGUUUGGCCUCCCUCCCUUGGCUGCAGGCAGUGUGGGACUCCAAUCAAUCCGGCGUUCCCUUGGAUACAAUACACGGAUCUGAUCCCUGAUGUAUCAAGGGAAUUUGCUGGCCAAUUUCGGGUUCUAUCCUCCAUCAUCGACGUCCGCAUCCAUCCAUGGUUGCUUCUGCUGC